AUGGCAGAACGUGAAAGAAGAGCGGGUGAUAGAGUAAGGCUGUCAUUGAUCUCUCUUUCUUUCGCGCCUUUUCUCGCUCCCUUUGUCUGUCUGCUCUCUCUCACUCUAUCUUGCUCUCGCUUUCUUUCUGUGGAUGCGUCCUCGCUCUACGAAGCACGGCGGAGUUCGGACAGCCUGCCGCCUUCUCCUCUCCUCUCCGUCGAGUUCUUCUGGAACCCUUUCUCGUGCGCGAAUCCGGAGGAAGAGUGGGAGGCCGCAUCCGGCGGAGGAGUCCACCGCCGAAGACGCCGAGGUCACGGUCGGCGCCGCCUCACGGAGAGGUCGUACGUUCCCAGGCUUCUGCUUCCCUGAAAGGCCGCUCCGGGUAUGUUCUAGUGCCGUCUUUCGACGAAUUCUCGCCUUUCGUUGAUUCGGGGGUUAUGUUCUAGUGCCGUCUUUCGAUGGGUUCGUGAUUUUCUGUGUCGGGGGCAUCUUCUUGUGGACUCUUUGGAUGGGAUCUUUAUUUUCUUUGAUUUGGACUUUCGGUUGCCUGCGGUGGUGCGGGUGGUGCGAGAUUGCUGAAGAAAGCUCUGGCUUUCCUCCUUCCUCUUAUUUAUUUACCUUCUUCCGAUUUGUUUUGCCGCUUCGUUGCUGAUUCGAUUUGAUGUUUGGUCUGGGUAGGGGGAUCUAUCUUCUUCUUUAGACUUCCAUCCGAUUGCUCUUUGGGGACGGAUGAGUGUUACCGUCUGGAGGAGAAAAGAUUAUUUCAGCAAGGUUUAUCGAUUGACGGUGACGGGUGAGCGUGUUGAAUCAAGGGGCACAUUCGAUUUUCGGAUCGCUGAGCGAUCGACCAGUUUCUGGAGAAGAACCCGGUGAUUUCCGGCAGGAAACAACACCCUCCGUACCUGCAGCUCUCCCGAGCGUUAUUCCCCACCCAGAAAAACCAUCAGAACUUGGUGGCGGGCUGUCCUGUUGAGAAAGCAGCUGGAAUCGAGGGAGGAAGUGUGGACGAGGUUGUCGGGCUACAGGAGGAAGCGAGGAUGUCUCCCAUCCCGGAUCGGGUACAUGCUUCGACGUCCCUCAUUCCUUUCCUUGACGGCGACUGUAGAGAGCUUUCUCUCUCCAUCCCAAAGCACAUCACAUCUUGACAAUAGGAAUGUCCUAUCCAAAAUCGACAGGUGCAGGUCGGAAAUUCUCCAUUAUACAAGGUAGAGAGAAUGUUGGGUGCAGGAGGUUUUGGGCUGGUCUACAUUGGACGAAGGGUGGCUGGUGGAUCUCAGGGCAAUGGGCCCAAUGCCUUUAAGGUUUAGUUUCAACCUCCCAUCACUCCUGCCAAGGGAAUCUUUAAAUACUGCUGUUUUAUGUUGUCUCUUUCAUUUUCCUGCGGUGGGUGUAGGUAGCACUGAAGUUUGAGCAUAGAAAUAGCACGGGUUGCAGAUUUGGCCCCCCAUAUGAAUGGCAAGUUUAUGAGUAAGAAGACACCCCCUACUGCUCUAAUUUAUUACGUAUUGUGUCGAUCUAAAACUACGUUCUUCAUCUGACUUUGUGAAUAUGGUUUUAGCCAUCUCAAGGGAUGCUAUGGAUUGCCUAGGGUGCACUACAAGGGCCGCCAAGGAGAUUAUUUCGUCAUGGUUGGCGUAGAGUCUUUCAUUUUAUUGUUUCCUCGAAUGAUGUUUUUUAUUGAAAGCUAAUUAUGAUAUUGUUGAUGAUGAUUGCUGCAGAUCAUGGACAUCCUUGGACCAAGUCUCCUGGAUGUGUUCAUAUCCAUUGGGCAAGUGUAAGAAAAUAAUCUUGACUUCAUAUUCAAAGUCAAUAUUCUGUUGAGAAUUGUGCUAUUGAGUUUGACUAACUCCUUGGACAGAAUGCCACCAAAUAUGGUGGCUUGUAUUGCUGUGGAGGCAAUAUCCAUCCUUGAGAAGCUACACCAAAAAGGGUACGUAUGGCUUUGUGGCAGUGUGAUAUUUUUUCAAUUAAAUUUUUGCAAAGGUCACAGUAAUCAAUUCAUUGCUCCCUUGUGCACUCCCCUCCCUCCCUCCACCCACACAAAAAAAAAAACAUGCCAGGUUUGUGCAUGGAGACGUCAAGCCAGAGAAUUUAUUGUUGGGUAAACCCGGAAGCUCAGGGGAGAAGAAGCUUUUUCUCAUCGACUUUGGGCUGGGUAUGUUGCUGCAUUCCAAUCACUUCUUGUUUUCACCUUUCGCACCUAUUGAUUUUAGAGUAGGGUUUGUUUUUCCAAGUAUAUAAACAAAUUCGUCUUGACUGAGAAGUCCCUGUCUGUAUCAACAUCAGUGAUAUUUUUGUGCUUUGUUCAGAGCCUGUACAAAUGCUAAUUGGUGUCAUUAAUAUUUUAAUCAGCUUCAAUGUGGAGGGACAGUUUGUCAGGCCAGCAUGUCAGCUUAUGCCAACAGCCAGAUAAUUUCAGGUUUUUUGGGAAACGAUAUUCUAUUUUUUCCCUAAAUUCUUAGCUAAGAGGAGGAUUCAUAAAAUCUUACCCCUACCUUACUAUCUAUCUCAUGUUCCCUAGGGGCACAACACGAUAUGCAAGCGUCCAUGCACAUUUAGGCCUCACAGCGAGUAGAAGAGAUGAUCUUGAGUCAUUGGCCUACACUCUGAUUUUUUUGAUUAAAGGAAGGCUGCCGUGGGAAGGCUAUCAGGUUUGCUUUCACCUCUACUUGUACAUGUUCUCCCAUCUCUUUGAUUGAUCACUUGCUGAUUCUUAUGCCAACUAUGUAGGGGAAUGACAAGAGGUUUCUAGUCUUCAUGAACAAGACUGUAACCUCCCCCGAGACGCUGUGUGGUGGCUGUCCCCCUCCUUUUGCACAAUUCCUUGAAGCAGUGAAGAAGAUACAAUUUGUUGAGCAGCCCACCUACUCGAAGCUCAUUUCUCUUUUUGGAAGCUUGAUAUGCCCCCCCUGCACCCUGUUAAAGACCAUUCGGAUUGAUGCAAUUUUGAAGGUGGUUGCAAACAUGACAUCACUGAAAUUACCUCACAUAUUUUUAUUUUAUGUCAGAUGGUUUUAUCUCUUUUUCAUGGCUCUAUCAUCUGUUGUUAAAUAGGCUGACCAUGUUUCCAACAGGUUCACCAAAAACGUGGAAGAUUGCAGGUAA